AAGUCGCGGUGCAGGGCAUUUCAGUUGGAUUUUACCGAUCAAGAGCAAGUAUUUUCGAUACAGAAAUAUUAAAAUAACAAAAAUGGCUAAUAAGAGUGAAGCUUACAGUACAGAUAAUCCAGGCUACAAAGGGGAUCAAGGUCAGCCCCAGCAAGGCUACCCCCAGCAAGGCUACCCCCAGCAAGGCUACCCCCAACAACAAGGUUACCCAAUGCAGCAAUAUCCUGCUGGUACUAAUGUGGUGAUCGGCCAACCAGCAACUACCAUCGUCACCAAUCCACGACCAAAUGAUUACUUUACGUUUGCACUUCUUACAUGUCUGUGCUGUUUUUGGCCAACAGGUAUCGCAGCCCUGGUCUUCUCCUGCAACUCACGUGAUGCCAGUGACCGGUUGGACUUCAACCAAGCACAAAAUGAUGGACGAAUGGCCAAGAUCUUUUCAAUCAUAAGUUUGGUGAUUGGUCUGGUCUGGAUUAUAGCUGUCAUUAUUUAUGCAAUUGUUGCAGCCACUGUGGUAACAAAAGCAUAUACCCGUACUUAUUAUGGGUAGGGUGGGGCCUGGAUUGGUGCGGGGUGGGGAAGUAGGGAGUGGGUUUUUGGAUAAUGGGGGGUUUGGCGGGGCCGAGUUUUUCGCCUAUGACGUGACGAGUGAAUCUGUAAAGUGGUAAGGGUUUGGGCUGAUAUUAGGAGAAGGUUCUAAAAGGGGGGGGGGGGGGUUAGGGUAGUGGUGUAGAAGGAGAUUUUUUUUUUUUUUUUUUUUAGUAGAGGAAGGAUUAUCUCUGUAGCUCCGAAAGCUUUUGUCCUCAUUUCAUCUUUUUGUCCAGAAAAAUAUUACACUAAAUAUUCUUAGAAUUCUUAUCUGGCUGUGACGUCGUAAAUCCCGUUUUGUUGAAGCUGACAAAUAUGCCAAGGAAGGCACUAAAUAAUCAUUCAUUCGUACAUUUUACACUUUCUUGUUUUUAACAAUUUUUUUUUUAAUUUUUGAAAAUUUUCAAAAUCUAUUUUCUAGUUCUUUAAUGUAUGAAAAGUUUUUUAAUAUAAAAUAAUUUUUGUAUAAAA